GUGUGUUUGUUUCAGAUGGUCUCAUCUCUAAAUAUAGCGUUGGGUUGGUGUGAUGGGAGUGUCCAGCAGGAUUCUGACUCUGAUAAAGUCUUAAAACCUCGACUCUGAGACGUCCCAAGAUGCAGUUAGAACGAUCUUCAACAAGAAGAGAAAAAUACUUUUAUUAAUUCAUACGAGAUGGAAAACCAAGACAGAAAAGUGGAGGGUUGACGCCCAAAACCCACUGACCAAGGAAAUACAAAGACUGCAGUAGAUUUCUAUGGAUCCUUUAUGCACACCUCACAAAGAUGAGAAGGAAACUGCUUUCAUGAAAGAAGAGGAGGAAGAGGAGGAGGAAGAUGAUGAGGAAGAUGAUAGCGGGACAACAGUGAAAGACAGCGAGGAGGAAACUGUGAUCGUGAAGGAAGACGAGGAGGAGGAAGAUGCCAAAGAUGCCAAAGCCAAGGAGACUGAACCCCAGCACCAGAAGAAGCAGGCUUGGGUCCCCACUACCUACUCCAAGUUCGGUAAAGAGGUGUUCUGCUACGUAGGACAGGAGAUCAGCAUCUUUGAGGCCUUGGACUCUUACGGCGCUGUCAUCUGGCCAGCGGCGUUGGCUCUGUGUCACUACCUAGAGACCAACGUUGAGCAGUUGAAUCUGAUGGACAAGGCAGUGCUGGAGCUAGGAGCAGGACCUGGCCUAGUGUCUAUUGUUGCCACACUCCUAGGUGCCUGGGUCACAGCUACAGACCUGCCAGAGAUCCUGGGUAACCUGAGAGCCAACCUGCUCCGUAACACAAGAGGGCACUGUAGGUACACUCCCCAAGCUGCAGCUCUGUCCUGGGGUCCUGACGUGGAACGGACUUACCCCAGAUCCGUCUAUCGCUAUGACUACGUGCUGGCGGCUGACGUGGUGUAUCACCAUGACUACCGGGAUCAGCUGCUGUUCACCAUGAGAUACUUCUGCCGUCCAGGAACCACUCUGAUCUGGGCCAACAAGGUCCGCCUCGAGACAGACCUGAGAUUCACUGAGGACUUCCAGAACACCUUCAACACCACACUGCUGGCUGAGAUAGGACAAGUAAACAUAUUCAUGGCCACGUGUCGAGAAACAGAGGUGGAACCAGAGCUGGUCCGAGGAAUACAACAGGAAGAGGAGGAGUUGGAGGAAGAGGUGGAGGAAGAACGCGUCACAGAGUGUGUACAGGAGGAGGAAAAUGGUUUAGAGGAAGAGGAGGAAGUGGUUGAGGCCGUUGAAACAACUGAGAAGGAGGUAGAAGACGAGACGAAAGAGGAUGAGGAGAACCAGGAAGACUCUGAGGAAUACAGAGACGUCGAAGAGCAGCACAUUUCUACUGACCCUCGUUCUACCUCCCAAUCAGAGCUUGAGGGUCUUGAGGAGGAAGACACUCAGGACUCAAAUGUCCAGCAGCAGGAGAGACCAGUCUGGGUCGAGGAGUUUGCUGUGGAGGAAGACACUCAGGACUCAAAUGUCCAGCAGCAGGAGAGACCAGUCUGGGUCGAGGAGUUUGUUGUGGAGGAAGACACUCAGGACUCAAAUGUCCAGCAGCAGGAGAGACCAGUCUGGGUCGAGGAGUUUGUUGUGGAGGAAGACACUCAGGACUCAAAUGUCCAGCAGCAGGAGAGACCAGUCUGGGUCGAGGAGUUUGUUGUGGAGGAAGACACUCAGGACUCAAAUGUCCAGCAGCAGGAGAGACCAGUCUGGGUCGAGGAGUUUGUUGUGGAGGAAGACACUCAGGACUCAAAUGUCCAGCAGCAGGAGAGACCAGUCUGGGUCGAGGAGUUUGUUGUGGAGGAAGACACUCAGGACUCAAAUGUCCAGCAGCAGGAGAGACCAGUCUGGGUCGAGGAGUUUGUUGUGGAGGAAGACACUCAGGACUCAAAUGUCCAGCAGCAGGAGAGACCAGUCUGGGUCGAGGAGUUUGUUGUGGAGGAAGACACUCAGGACUCAAAUGUCCAGCAGCAGGAGAGACCAGUCUGGGUCGAGGAGUUUGUUGUGGAGGAAGAGAAAAGGUCAGAGAAGCAAGACAACAGUUUGGAGGAGGAGGAGGCUGAGGCAGGUGAUGACAGUAGCCAAGCAUGGGAGGAACAGACGUUGGAACGUAGUGAUGAAGGAUAUGAGGAUGAUGAUGAAGCAGAAAACACUAACUCCCGCUGUAGCACCGAAGUGACUGACCAAGACAUUAUCGAGGAGUUGGACACCAAGGAAACCAAGGAUAUAGGAGAUGUCCAGCAGGAUAAUAACCACGUCCCCUGGUUACGACUGGACAGAGAGGUCUACUUCUAUGCUGGGCACAAAAUCAACAUCGUUGAGGCAUUGGACUCCUAUGGCGGAGUGAUCUGGCCAGCAGCGUUGGCUCUAUGUAACUACCUGGAGACCAAUACUGAUGUGAUAGAUCUGAAAGGAAAGCAGGUUCUGGAGCUGGGAUCAGGGACAGGAUUAGUGUCUGUCGUCGCCAGUCUACAGGGUGCCCAGGUGACGGCCACUGACCUCCCAGACGUCCUUAGUAAUCUGAGAUACAACUUGCUCCGAAACACCAGAGGGCGCUCUAAAUAUACACCUGAGGUGACAGCUCUGGCCUGGGGACCUGGGGUGGAACGCACUUACCCCAGAUCCAUCUAUCACUAUGACUACGUGCUGGCGGCUGACGUGGUGUAUCACCAUGACUUAGAGGAGCUGUUGUUUACCAUGAGAUACUUCUGUCGUCCAGGAACCACUCUGAUCUGGGCCAACAAGGUCCGCCUCCAGACAAACCUGGGAUUCACUGAGGAUUUCAAGAACACCUUCAACACCACACUGCUGGCUGAGAUGGGAGAGGUUAAGAUCUUUAAGGCCACGUGUAAAAGGUAGGGAUUAGGGAAAGAAGUCUGAGGAACUAGUUUCGACAUUCCUGCCGACUACAACCAAGACUUCCUGUCCCUUCUUCCUCUGAGAAAUGCUUGAAGGCAGAAGGCGGCCAUCUUGGGUAAUAAUACUGGACAUUGAUGGACUGCUGACGUUGUCAGUUGUUGAUGAUUGAUUUGUACUUACUACUGACCUACUAUAUGUAGUGGUUUAUUGUUUACUUAGUUUUUACACAUGUACUUGGAUAGUUUGUAUUGAUAUUAAUAUUAAAAUGUAUGCACUUUG